CGGAAGCCCAGUUUCCAGGGGACGGUCUCAACAUGAUCUGGCCUUUCAACUCGAAUUCAUUCGAGGUUAUCGCGAAGUCGAAAAGGGCGGAACGGGAAAGAGCGCUCGCUAGCGCUCAGGAGUACUCGGCCAGCACCCAUGGGCAGAUCACGAAAGCAACUGCUUCGGAGAUCGUCAAACGAAUAGAGCAUGGAGAAUGGACAGCUUCACAAGUCUUAGAGGCAUUCAUAGCUCGAGCAACUCUUGCGGAGAAGACUACGAACUGUGUUACUGAAGUGUUGUUUGAGCAGGCUCGCCGAGAGGCACAAGAGCUGGAUGACGAGUUCUCCAAAACGAAGCGAUUGAAGGGACCGUUGCAUGGGGUCCCCGCCAGCUUCAAAGAUCACUUCGAGAUCGCAGGAGUAGAUGCGACGUCUGGCUACAGUCAUUGGGCUAACCAACCGUCCGAGAAAGACGCUGCGAUGGUGACCCUGUACAGGUCAAUGGGUGCCAUCCCUUUCGUCAAGACUAACGUCCCACAGAAUAUGGCUCUCUCAUUUGAGUGCUCGAACCCCCUGUGGGGCCGGACUUUAAAUCCGUGGUCAGCAAAAUACACUUGCGGUGGGAGUUCCGGAGGGGAAGCCGCCUUGCUAGCCAUGGACGGCGCGGGUAUUGGGGCAGGUUCCGAUGUGGGCGGUAGUCUGAGGAUACCCGCAAGUUAUUCAGGGAUCUACAGCUUGCGGCCCACUGCGGGGAGAGUAAGUAUGGAAGGAGUAAGAGAUCUCGAACCGGGCUUUGAAGGUAUCAAGACCACUGCCGGGCCUAUGGCUCGUUGUGUCGAGGACCUCGAAAUUAUCUCACGAGGGAUAUUGGGGAUAUCUGAUGACUACAACGAGGUGGCGCCUACUCCGUGGAAGGACGCAGAGCUGCCGAAGCGUCUGAGGUUCGGAUACUACACUGACGAUGGCUUCGUCAAGGCGUCACCGGCCAACAAGCGUGCUGUACUGGAGACAGUCAAGGCGCUCCAGGAACAAGGACAUGAAUGUGUUGAAUUCAAGAUUCCUGAUCCAACAAGACCACUGGAGGUUUUCGUCGCCAUUACGACGUCUGACGGGUAUAAAACGCUGGAGGCUCACACGGGUCCUGACCCGAAAGAAUCCAACCUUUUCCUGGCUACUUUAGGCCCCAAGCUUCCAGGCCUCAUCCGCUCAAUCGGUCUCUGGUUGAUGAAGUAUGUCAUUGGAGACCAUGUCUCGAUCCCCAUUGUAGCUGCUUCAAGAGCUAAGUCGGUAAAGGAAUACUGGGAAUGGACGGCGAAGAGAGAUGAUUACCGGAGGUUGUUCUACGACGAGGCAUGGACGAAGCAGCAAUUCGACGGUAUAAUUGCCCCAGUGCAAGCCAUGCCGUCAAUCCCCCAUGGCGGCUGCGCACAUUUGUCCCCGCUGGCAGCGGCUACGAUUUUAUACAAUGUCCUCAACUACCCUGCCGGUGUCGUUCCCGUAACGCGGGUCGACCCAGCUAAGGACCAGCUUACCCAAGAGUGGCAGCAUCUUCACGGUGCCAAAGCGGUAGAAUCGAUGAUCUACAAGGGUUGCAAGCCGACUUAUAAUCCUGAAGCCAUGCGGGGAAUACCGGUUGGUGUACAAGUCGUUGGGAAGCCAUGGGAGGACGAGAAAGUUAUUGGAAUGAUGCGAGUGGUGGAUGUGGCAUUAGGGGAUAGAGAUUUGGGUGCGGGUACUUGGGAAGGGAGUAAGUUCAUAGAAUGAAUACCUCCAGAUACAUCUUUAAACUAUUCUUUUACGACAAGCUGACGAUACGUCGAGAUUAUCGGGAGUCAACUAGUCAUGAUUGCGUGGUGACCACCCGGGAAUACAAGGAAAGAGCAUCACGUUGAUGAUCGACACGGAUCUACC